AUCUGUAACGCUAUUACUAAAGAUCUAGUACUAGUACUACUAGACCCUAAGAAGCCAUUCAAGGUAGAAACGGACGCUUCAAACUACGCUAUCAGAGGAUAAUUAGGAUAACGAGACAAACAAGGGAAGCUACAUCCUAUAGCCUUCUUUUCAAAGAAGCUUAAUAGACCACAUCUCAAUUAUCCAAUUCACAACAAGGAACUACUUACGAUUAUUAAAGCUUUCAAGGAAUGGCGACCAUACCUCAGUGGCACGAUUAAACCAGUACAAGUAUAUAUAGAUCAUAAGAAUUUACGAUACUUCACGAUAACAAAGGAACUUAACGGACGACAAAUACGAUAGGCAGAAUUCCUCGUAGAAUUCAACUUCGAGAUCCGCUAUAAGAAGGGCAAAGAAAACGCACAAGCGGACAUUUUAAGUCGACGAACGGAUCAUACAAAAGGACAAACGGGAACAACACCACCGUUAUUCAAGGAACGAACAGAUAGAACGCUAUAUCACGAAACGCAGAUACCUAUAGAAGAUGAUCUACUUGACUCGUUCCUAGAAUGCUAUACAAUCUUUCAAGAGGAAAGGAUCAACGAGGCAUAACUAGUGGUACCUAAUGGAGUGGAAGAAAAAGAUAGGAAACUCUAGUACCAAGGCAAAGCAUAUAUCUACGACAGGGAUCAAUAGCUGCAAAUGAUUCGAGAACUCUAUAAGUCGAAACUCGGAGGAUAUAAAGGAGUCACGAAGACUGUCGCACAAGUCAAGAAACACUACGACUUUCCACAGUUGACGGCAUGAGUUAAGGAAGUUGUACGGAACUACGACAUUUGCAAUCGAAGCAAGACGGCACGAUACAAGCUGUAUAGGCUACUUUAGCCACUACUAAUAGCUGAUAAACUAUAGAGUUUAGUCACAAUAGACUUUAUUACAAAGCUGCUAGAAUCCAAGGACAUAGCUAUAGGAGUGACCUAUAAUAGUAUUCUUACUAUAGUAGAUCGCCUGACUAAGUGGGCAUACUUCUUUCCCUAUAAGGAGUCCUAGAUAGCGGAAUAGUUAGUAGAUAUAAUCUAUCGGCAAGUUACAUCAGUAUAUGCUUGGCCGUAAGAAUGGAUCACCGACAGAGACACCAAGUUCGCGUCGAAGUUCUGGCAAGCGUUAAUACAACGAUUAGGCGUUAAUAGCAAGCUGUUAACAGCAUAUCACCUGCAGACCGAUGGACAAACAGAGCGACUAAACCAAGUUAUUAAGUAGUAUCUCCGUUCUUACGUCAAUUACUAGCAAAACGACUAGGUCAUACUAUUGCCAAUAGCAUAACUCGCUUAUAACAUAAUGCCAACGGAAACGACCAAAGUCACACCGUUCUUCGCGAACUAUAGAUAUAAAGUAGACCUUAGGCAAGGACUAGAGGUCAUAGUGCCAAGAGCAGUAGUCAAAGCAGAACAGAUAUACACACUAUAUAAGAAGCUUAAAAAGGAACUCGAGUUUGUCAGAACCAGAAUAAAGAGCUACUAUAACAAACAUAGGCUCGAGAAACCUUGCCUAUAAAGGGGAGACAAAGUCUACCUAAUUACACAAAACCUACAAACCAAACGACUAAGCGCAAAGCUAGACUUUAAGAAGGUUAGACCCUUCGUUAUCAAAGAACGAAUUUUGACAUCUAACUACUAACUAUCGUUACCGUCAUCUAUACGCCUACAGACGGAUGUUUUUUAUAUUUCACUUCUCGAACCAGCACCAAAGAACGCUAAGGUUGCUACGCACAUCGAAGCAGAGGAUAAAGAGGAAGAAUAGGACGUCGAAGAAAUUCUAGAUUUAUAUAUCAUUAACAGGGAACUAUAGUACCUAGUCAAAUGGCUUGAUUUUAGACUAGAAGACAACUCAUAGGAACCAGUCAAGAAUUUGAACUGCCCUAAGAAACUAGAACAGUUCCACCGGCAGAACCCGGAUCGACCAAAGGAAAACCCGGGACAGAACCAAAGACGGCGCCCUAGUUAAUAGCAUCGACGGCAUCAUUAAUCUGUAACGAGGGCAUAGUAGGCGUCUCUUGCCGCUCAACCUCCUCUAACUUGUCUAAGGUCGACAGACUACGCGCCACCAUAUCGGCACCUUUCUCUACCAAAAACUCCUUCUGCUAACGAAGACACCGGAGCCAUGUAAGCUUUUCGGACAACUUACGCUAGGCCUCUUCUAGAUAGUAUUAGGAUUUAUCUAGCUCAAGUUUAGCAUGACGUUUAGCAUCUUUGAUAUAACGCUACUCCUAAAGAAUAUAAUCUAAGGAAGAAAGUAAGAUACCAAAGCCAUCGCAAGAACGACCUCGACAAAUAUAGGCCUUAUAACGCUUUAUACGCACGAUCAUUUUACAGACGAGGCCUUAUAAUACGUACCAAGAGCAAGGCAUAACGAUAAAACCGUUCUUAGCGAUGUUCUAAGCAAGGAAAGCAUAGUAACGUAUAAAGUACGACUUCCGUUUCUCUAUCGGCAUUUUG